AUGGGUGGAAAAUUUGGGCUAGUGGGAGUAAGCGGUUCUGGUAAAACGACAGCGUUUCAACUACUUGCUGGUUUGAAGCGUCCAUCAGAUGGUAGCGCUGUUCUUUAUGGCAAGGACACGUACAGUCUUUGGAACAUUGGUUGGUGUAGUGAGAGGAAUGCGCUGUUCGGUCCAUUGACCUGUCGUCAAAAUCUGAUGAUCAUAGCUGGAUUGAUUGGUAUGAUUGAUCUGACCAAGCAGGAGAUUGUACCGUAG